UUAUCAGUUACAUCUGUUGGAGACAAACCAUCAGAGAUGCGAAACAGAACUUCUGUGACAUCCUUCAUCCUUCUGGGCCUGACAGAUGAUCCUGACCUUCAGGUUGUCAUUUUCAUUUUCCUGUUUCUCACAUACAUGCUCAGCAUCACUGGAAACUUACUAAUUGUCACACUCACUCUGCUGGAUUCCCACCUGAAGACCCCCAUGUAUUUUUUCCUCAGGAAUUUCUCCUUCUUAGAAAUUUCUUUCACUUCUGUCUGUAACCCUAGGUUUUUGGUCAGCAUCCUAACUGGGGACAAAUCGAUCUCCUAUAACGCUUGCGCGGCACAACUGUUUUUCCUUAUCUUCCUUGGCUCGACAGAGUUUUUCCUUCUGGCGUCCAUGUCCUAUGAUCGCUACGUGGCAAUUUGCAAGCCCCUCCACUACACAACCAUCAUCAGUACCAAGAUCUGUUACCAGCUCAUCAUCAGCUCCUGGCUGGCAGGCUUCUUGGUAGUUUUUCCUCCACUGGUCAUGGGUUUAGACCUGGAUUUCUGUGACUCCAACGUUAUCGACCACUUCACGUGUGACUCUGCUCCUUUGCUGCAGAUAUCUUGCACGGACACGAGCACGCUAGAGCUCAUGAGCUUUGUAUUGGCUUUGAUCACGCUUAUGACCACGCUGAUGCUGAUUAUUCUCUCUUACUUCUACAUCCUGAGGACUAUUCUGAAAUUUCCCUCAACCAAACAAAGGGAAAAGGCCUUCUCAACCUGCUCCUCACACAUGAUUGUCGUCUCCAUAUCCUACGGGAGCUGCAUUUUUAUGUAUGUGAAAACGUCUGCCAAGACUGGAGUUGCUCUGACAAAGGGGGUGGCUAUGCUCAACACCUCUGUCGCCCCGAUGUUGAAUCCUUUUAUCUAUACUUUAAGGAACCAGCAGGUGAAACAAGCAUUUAAGGAUCUUGUGAGUAAAAAACUUGCCUCAAAAACGCUGACCUGA